AUGACUUUUAUCAUCUCGCCAAGCCCUUACCGUAUUGGAGCCCAACCGGGGCAAUAUCUAGGGUUUCUCAACCAAGAGACCAACGGGAAUCCCAAAAACCAUGUUUUCGCAUUGGAGUUUGAUACGGUUAAUGGUUUCGCAGAUGGUUAUGACAGAGCAGGCAACCACAUCGGGCUCAACUUCAAUAGUCUUAAAUCGGAUGUUCAAGAACCGGUGGUCUAUUACGACGACGACCAUCCUGACCGUAAAGAGGAUUUCACGCUUCAGAGCGGUGACCUGAUCAGAGCAGAUGUGGAGUACGAUGGACCCACCAAAACGCUCAACGUGACCGUUUACCCAGCCAGUCUGAAGUCCAAACCCACAAGGCCUUUGAUCUCGAAACAUGUACCCAAGCUGUCGCAGAUCGUGCAAGACGAUAUGUUCGUUGGAUUCACGGCAGCGACAGGGAGCCAUGAGCUAAGUUAUCACUACGUCACGGGUUGGAGUUUCUCCAGUGGCGGAGACCAUCCAGUGGCAGCUACGCUGAAUAUCUCGGAGCUUCCUCGUCCGCCUCGGCAUCUGGCGAAGAAGAAGAGAGGCUACAACACGCAGAACACGGCUCUGACCGUGGCUCUGUCGAUCGUGUCGCUGAUAUUGCUCGCAUACAAAGAUCUUUACUCGGCAACUAAUGGAUUCAAGGAGGACAGGAUUAUCGGAAGGGGAGGAUUCGGAAACGUCUUCAGAGGAAGCAUCUCAUCGUCUACGUCUGAUCAAAAUCAGAUUGCUGUCAAGAAGAUAACCCCGAACAGCAUGCAAGGGGUUCGGGAGUUUAUAGCAGAGAUUGAAAGCUUGGGCAAUUUAAGCCACAAGAAUCUGGUGAAACUUCAGGGAUGGUGCAAGCAUAAACUAGAACUUUUGAUUGUGUAUGACUAUAUCCCUAACGGGUCUUUAGAGUCGCUGCUAUACGGUGUGCCGAGACGAGGCGGCGCCGUUUUGACCUGGGACGAGCGUUUCCAGAUUGCAAAAGGAAUCGCGUCUGGUUUGUUGUAUCUCCACGAGGAAUGGGACCAGGUUGUGGUUCACCGUGACGUGAAACCCAACAAUAUCCUUAUUGAAGACGAUAUGAACCCUAGACUGGGUGAUUUCGGGCUCGCGAGGCUUUACCAUCGCGAACCACCGUAA